UGCGGUCUGCGACCGAGGCUCCCUGUGUCUGCUAGGUCCCGGCUGUCCAGGCGUGUUGGGCUCCAGCUGGCUUUUACUCGUACGCAAGGAAAGACAAGGGAGGGAGCCAUGGCCGUGGCGAAUUUCCAGUACAUCACUCGCAUGAGCAGCGGCUUCAAGGUCUACAUCUUGGAGGGUCAGCCCAGUCUCCGAGGCGAAGACAGGUACCGGCAUAUGACGAGCGACCGGAUCCGAGUGCCAGCGGUGUACCCCAUAAAGCGCAGGCGCAGCCACGAGCGAGGCCUGACCCUGGAGGAGAGGCGAGAGAGGGCGUUGAACAGAAGCGGCGCCAAGGCUGCCCAGAGAGCGGCGCCGACGUCAGCUCCGGUGUUCAGCGUCCCACAGAGCCCGACGUCCACGUGGAGCCCGACGCCCAGCCCGACCAGCCCCCUGCCCAACCACAUCUACUACACGCCGGUCAUGGACGAGCCGCUCGCCCUCAUCAAGAAACCAAGGAAGGAGUCUGAGGGCGCGGAGGAAAGGGCUAAAACAACAGCCCCCAGCAGCCAAUACAUCCAGAUGCGCCCCUCUGUGAUUACCUGCGUCUCGUCCGUGAGAAGCCCCUCCAGCAGAUCUGAGGUCCACAACGGCCACUCAUCAGUGACUUCCAAGAGUAACUACGACCACGUCGUGGAGGAGCAUUUCCAGAGGAGCCUGGGAGCGAAUUACCAGCAGGCCCACUCCCAGCAGCUCUCCAUUAGCGUGUCUGUUGACGACCACUUCACCAAAGCCCUGGGCGACAAGUGGUUGCAGAUUAAGUCCAAGUCUUCUCUUGCUCCCACGCCGCCCAGCAGCCCGAGCGUCACUCACUCCCCGACCUACGGCCACAGCCCGAAUCAAGCCCACAAAGAACCCUGCAGCACUUCGUCGCCGUCGCCGGUCUUCCAGCCGCUGGUCAGUGAAUUAAAGCGGAGGAGACCUUCGCUCUGGCCGGGGCCCCGCUCUGAACAUCGACGGGUAGGCGGGGCCCGCUCUGAACAUCGACGGGUAGGCCGGGGCCCGGCUCUGAACAUCGACGGCAGGCCGGGCCCGGCUCUGAACAUCGACGGGCAGGCCGGGGCCCCAGCUCUGACAUCGACGGGUAGGCCGGGGCCCGGCUCUGAACAUCGACGGGCAGGCCGGGGCCCAGCUCUGAACAUCGAUGAGGCAGGCCGGGGCCCGGCUCUGAACAUCGACGGGUAG